AUGAGAGUAUCAAAUUUGACUUCUUUACUAAAAAAUGGAAAAGUAAACAAAAGAAGAAAACAAAAUUCCAUGUGUUUUUUAUUUUGGGGGGUAAAGAGAUAUGAAAGCACAAGGGUAGUAUCAAAAAAUGAAACUAAGGAUAAUAUAAAAAAUAAAGAAUGUAGUGAAAAUAAAAAUAACUAUGAAAGUAGUGAAAUAUGUUCUUCUUUUGAAGAAAAGAAAAAUACAAACAUAAAUAUAAAUAAAAAUGAUAGUUAUAUAAAAAUGAAUGAAGAAUUAAAUGAAAAUAUAAAGCAUAGUAAUCUUAGUAGAAAGACAUAUGACAUAUUAAAAUAUUAUGAUGAUAAUAAAAAUAUAAUAAAAACAACUAGAUAUAUAUUAAAAGAACACAUUAAUUAUAAUAUAUAUAUUAAAGAAUUAAAUACGUUUUAUAAUUAUUUCUAUAAUGCUUAUCCUUUUUUUAUAACAAAAUAUAUAAAUUAUUUUAAAGAACAUAUAUUAAUGAAUUAUAAUGAUAAUAUCAAAACAAAUUCUUUUUUUAGUAAUUAUAAAAAUAAUGAAGAUAUAAAAAAAUUUUUAUCAUUAUUUCAUUAUUUUAAUGAUAAAAAUAAUCUUUUUAUAAAUAAUCAUCAUGUACAAAAAAUUAUUUUAAAAAGUCUCGAUUGCCCAAAUAAUGUUACACAAUUUUUAAGAGGUUUAAAAGAUAAUAUAUAUUUUAUUAACAAUAAGAAUAAAAAGGAUUUAUUAGAAAUAAAGAAAAUGUUUUGUGAGAAAAUAAUCGAAUGUAUUGAUAAUAUUAAUGAUAUAAAUAAAAAAAUAGAAAUUUUAUUAUAUCUUUCUAAUAUAUGUGAUAAGGAUAAAACAUAUGAUUCUAUAUAUUAUAUACACAUUAAUAAAAAAAUAGAACAAAUUUAUAAUGAGUUAAAUAAGAAAAAUAAAAAAACUGUAGAAGAUCAAUAUAUGAUGUUCUUACUAUAUAAAGAAUAUCUUUCAUCAAAAAAUGAGAAGUAUGCUAAAAUGGAUAUAAAAAAUUUUCUUUCUCAAGAAUUAUCAUUUUAUAAUUUUUUAAAAAAUGAAAAUAUUAAUAUAUGUUUAUUAAGUUUAAUAUAUCGUGAUUUAUCCUUUUUAAAUAAUUAUGAAAUUAAAUAUGUCUUGAUGAAUUUGGUUUACUCAAAAAUUAGUUGUUCCGAUUUUUUUCUUUAUUCUUCUAAAGAGGAUUUAUUAAAUAAUAAAAAUAUUAAAAACCAUGUCCUAUUCAAGGAACAUAAUAAUAACAUGAAUAUAAAUGAAAGUAAUAUAUUAAAAGUGGAAAAUUAUAAAUUAAAUGAUCAUCAUGAUAAUAAUAAUAUGAAUACUCAAAUUAAUCACAAUAAUAAUAUGUUAAAUAGUGGAAUUCGUAAUUUCUUUGCUAACUCUUUAUUGAGAAAUAAUUUUUUUGCUUCUCUUAGAAAUGAAGACAUGACACAUUCAUCAAAUAUAUUGAAUUAUAAUUCUCAUAAUGUAAAUAAUACUAAUAUAUAUAAUUACGUUUUUUAUAAUUUACUUACAUCUAUUAUACAAUUAAAUGAAUCACAGAAAAGAUCGUUUGAUGUUAUUUUUCUAAAUAAAAUGAAAUUGUUUUUAUUACAUAACCAAAAACAUAAUCAUAAUCUUCUAAUUCCAUAUAUUUUAAAGAUUAAAGAAAAUGUAGAUUAUAUGAAUAACUUUUUAUUUAUGAAUAACAUAUUUUUAAUAAAAUAUGUGUUAAAAUAUAAACAUAUAUUUUCAAAUAAUUUAUAUUUAUAUAUACUUAAUGUUUUUUCUAAUACUAUUCAUAUGAUUAAGAAGGACCAUCAUUUUACAGAUAUAAAUAAAAGAAAUAUCAACUUAUUAAAUGAUUGUAAAAAAAUUAUUAAUUAUUUUAUAAAUGAAAUAUAUUAUUCUAUAAAUCUAUAUACACUAAAAGAAUUUAUACAGUUUGUUAAUUUGUUGAAUAAAUUCCCUUCAAAUUUUACUUUCGAAAUUAAAAAUAAUUUAUAUCAUCAAAAUGAGAAUAAAAUAGAAAAUAUAAAUAAGUGUAAUAUAUAUGAUAAUAAUAUAAUGGAUAUAACAAAUAUUUUACAUUUUAAUAACGAAAAUAUAAGUAGCAAACUAGAUAAUAAUAUUAAAUAUGAUAAUAAUGAUAAUAAUAAUAAUAUAAUAAAUAAAAAUCCAAAUAUACCAUCAAACAUAAAGGAUAAUAAUAAAAAUAUAAUUAAGUCUAACAUUAGUGAUAAACAAAAUAAUGUUCUAUACUCUUCCAUUUUAAACAAAAAUAAUUUCAAAACAAAAAAAAAUACACACACUAUUAUUAAUAAAGAUGAUUUUAUUAUACUAAUAUCUCUAUCAAUAUUUAACGAAAUUAAUGAAGAUUUUAUUUUAAAAAUUAAAGAAAAAGAGAAAGAUAUAAUUAAAAAUAAUAAUAUACAAUAUCAAUAUCAAAUAUAUGAAUAUAUAAUUGAGCAUCAUUAUAUUCCUUUUAUUAAUAAUACAUCAAAUUAUGUUCAUUUAUUAAAUCAGAAAUAUGAUGAAAAUACAAGAGAGCAAAUUAUGAACUAUUUUAUCAUGUUUACAUAUAUUAACCAAUUAGAUAUAUCAGAAAUAUGUUCACUAGUAAAUGUAAUGUAUAAAAUAAAUAAAUUUCAAUCCUUCAUAGACUUUUAUAUAUCUAAACAUAUACAAAAAUUGUUGAAUGAAAAAUUGGAACAUGUAAUGUAUUCUAAAGGAAGUGGGAAGAAAAAAGAGAUGGGUAAUUAUGAAUUUGAUGAAAAUUAUUUGGACGACUAUAUAAGUAAAAUGAACAUUGAGAAAAGUAUAAACAAUGUGGAUAAUAUAAAUAAAGUGGAUAAUAUAAAUAAAGUGGAUAGCACAAACAUUGUUAACAACCCAAACAGUGUGAAUGAGAAUGAUUCUGUUUUGUCCUCCCAUUUUGAGCAAAUCAAUUUAAAUACACAUUUUAUAUACACUUCCAACUUUGAAAAAUAUUAUUACGAUUAUGAUAUGAACACAAGCAUUAUUAACUUGUUCAUAUUAUUAAAUGAAAAAAGCCAAACAAGAAAUAUGCUUGCAACAUUUUUACCUUAUAUAGAUUAUACAAAAAUUAAUAUUUUUAAAAUUAAUUUAAAUAAAUUCUUUUCUUCAUCUUAUAUAAAUAAUGAAACAAAUAAUGAAAAGGAAAACAUUAUAAAGGUAAAAGAAGAAAAUGAACGAUAUAAAGACAAAUUAAACAAAAUUAAUAAUUUCAACACCACCCCUUUUGAUAAUAAUACAGAUACUACAUGCAAUAAUAAUAAUAAUAAUAAUAAUAAUAAUAAUAAUAAUAAUAGUCAUAGUAAUUAUUACAGUGAUAAAAGUGCAAGUUAUACUAAUAUAUUGAAUGGGUUAUUUGGUGAUUCUUUUAAUAUAAACAAAAAUGAACAUAACCAAAAUAUUAAUAAUAAUUAUGAAGAAUAUACACUUAACCACCCUGUCAUAUAUAAUAUUAUACAAAGUAGACUAAGGUAUAAUAUUAAUUUGAAAAAUUAUUUAGAAAAUAAUGAAAAGGACAUCACGAAUGAAGAAACAAAACAAUUUUUAAAGAAAGAAAUAUUAUCAUUGCAAAAUAUAACAAGUUUGAUAAGUUAUAUAAAUAAUAUAAAAGAAAAUAAUACCAAUUAUGAUAAUAAUAAUAAUAUUAUGAAUAGUAUAAACAAUUUUAAUAAUAUAAAUUGUAUUAAUAAUAAUGAUAACAAUAAUUAUUCUUCUGUACAUAUGGAUCUUUUAAAUUUGGCCUUAAAAAAUCUGAUUUUUUGUAAAAAUGAUAUUGUAGAUAUUAAAAGCUAUAGAUUGAUAUCUAAUGUGUUAUUAAAUAUAAAUAAUAUUUAUCAAAAAAUAUAUAUAUCAUCAAAAUAUUCAUAUUUAAAUAUACUUAUAAUGAAUUAUAUUAAGCGUAUGGAAACGUUUUUACCAUUUUUUAACUUACAGGAUUAUUUACAAAUAUUACAAAUAUAUAUAAAAUAUAAUUUAUCAAACAUUUAUAUGAAGUAUUUAUAUAUUUUAAAUAAUGAAUUAAAUAAAAUAAAUAUAAAAAAUAUUAAUUAUCCUUUUGUAUAUGUUAUCUUAUAUUUCUACUUCAAAUUAAAUUAUGUAAAUGAAACAUUUGUAUUUAAAUUAUUAAAUCAUUAUAUAUCUUCAUUAAAACAACAACAAUAUUAUAUGGAUUCAUCUAUUAUACAAAAUCUAAUUAAAACUAAUGAUGUCUUAAUUAAUUUGUGUGUAAAAAACAAGGAAGUACUUUAUUUUAAUUAUAUGAUUUUACAAAAAUAUGGUAAUUUUAAGGAUAAUUUAGAAUUAGAGGAAAAUAUAGAAAUCGACCAAAAGAAUAAUGAAGUACUUGAACAAAAUAAUAUGGAACAUAUAAAUGAACACAUUACAUCAGCAAUUAAAAUAAAUGACAAUAGCGUAAGUACAAAUCAUAUGUCAUCAUCUUUUCAUCCUAAGGAAGAGAAAGAACAAAAUAUAAAUAUGAACCACUUAGAAAACAAUACAAAUAAUAAUUAUAAUAAUAAUAAUAAAAAUAAUAAUAAUAAUUAUCAAAAUACUCAUUAUAUGGAACAAAAUAAUGAAAAUACAAUAAACUAUAAUUUUGACACAACACAAUAUAAUAACUUGGAAGGAAAUCAAAAAGAAUCUACUUCCCAAGAAGAAAUAGAUAAUUCAUCCUAUAAUACAAAUGACAUUAAUUAUAAUUCCAAUCAAAUUAAUCAAAUCAAUAAUACAAAUAAUAGUGUUCAGAAAAACAUUGUUACAUCCAAAUUCGAAUUAUCAUUAAACCAGAAAUUAAAUAUUAUGUACUUUCUUUGCAAAUUUCAUUUUUAUAAUGAAACAAUAAAAAUGUUUUACUUGCAAGUAAUAAAUGAAUGUAUGAAUAAUAAAAAUGCUAAUCUCAAUGAUGAAGAUUAUUGUAAAUUAUAUGAAAUAUAUGUACAAGUCAUACUCAAUUUUUAUUUCCUUUCCUUCAAUAAAAAUAAUAAAUAUAUUAAUUAUAUUUUAAGCAAUCUUCCUUGUUAUUAUUGGUACAAAAGGGAAGAAGAUAAAUUAAAUUUUUUUUUAUCAUCAAAAGAAUAUAAUAAUAUACACCAUAUACUCAAAUUGGUAAAUUUACCUUUUCUCGUACCUACAUUGACCGAAAUUUACUUUAUUCAUUUGUUUAAUGAUUCAAAAAAUGAUAAUUACAAUAAUCAUAUACCAAAUAAUUGUUUGCAUUAUUAUCAAAAAUAUAACUUGCUUAUUGACGAUAUAAAAAAUAAGAAUAUUGCAAUUUUAUGUGUUCCAGAGGAAAACGAAUUACGGGAUGGAAAUCACGGUAAAAGGAUAUUAAUGAAUGAGAGUUAUUAUAUUUAUGAGAAUAUUAAAAAGACCUAUGCAACUUCGUUGUUAUUUCUAAGUGAAUGGAAUGGCUUAAGUACAGAAGGAAAAUGUGAUUAUAUUUUAAAGGUUAUUCAUUCAGCAAUAAAUAAUUAA